AUGGAACAUGCAGAUGUAGUCAUUAUUGGUGGCGGAUUUAUUGGAACGUCAGUUGGAUACUGGUUAAAAACAAGAGCAGGGGCGGGUCUCUCUGUUGUUAUUUUAGAAAAAGAUCUCACAUAUUCAGGAAUUCAAAAAAAUUUUUCUUUAGGGUCCUUAACUCAGCAUUUUUCACUACCAGAAAAUAUUUAUCUAUCUCAAUAUUCUGCAGAAUUUUUUAGAAAUAUACAGGCAAAUUUAAAUAAAGAUGUAGAUAUUAAAUUUACUCCCAAUGGAUACUUAGUACUAGCCUGUGACAAAUAUGCAGAACAAUUAGAACAAAAUGUAGCAGUGCAAAAAGAAUAUGGUGUAAAAAAUGAAUUAUUGACGUCUGCUGACAUUAAAAAAAGGUAUCCUUGGAUUAACACAACAGACAUUAAAUUAGGUUGUAUUGGCACAGAAUCUGAAGGAGUGUUCAAUCCAUGGGCUUUAUUAAAAGGGCUACUAUUUAAAUGUCAUGAACUUGGGACUACUGUUAUUAAAGCUGAAGUGAUUGGAUUUGAAAUGGAACAGCAGCGUGAUGUUCUUAUGGAGGGUGUACCUCCAGGGAGUUUUAGAAGGAUAAAUAAAGUUGUAUAUAAGACCGAUGAUAAUGAAGAACAUUCGAUUAAAUUUGCAGCUUGCGUUUUAGCAGCAGGUGAUAAUUCAGGUGAAAUUGCAAAAUUAGCGCAAAUAGGUAAUGGACAUGGACUAUUAAAAAUACCUCUACCAAUUGAGCCAAGGGAAUUUAAUAUAUAUAGUAUUGAUGAUGAAAAUAUCAAAGCUAGUAUUAAUACUCCGUGUAUUAUGGACACAAGUGGAUUAUGGUUAAGAAGAAAUGGAUUGAAAAACAACUUUUUAUGUGGCCACACACCAUUAGUGAAUAAUGAUGUUAAGGAAUUGUUGACUGAUGAAUAUUUUACUAAUAUAAUUCAGCCAUCACUAUUAAAUAGAUACAACUACAGAAAAGAAGAUCAGGUGAAGCGACUACAUACAGAAGUUUAUGAUUGUAAUACCUAUGAUGAUACUGGCAUAUUAGGUUCUCACCCAUACCACUCAAAUUUGAUUAUUGCAGCAGGCUUCGGAAAGCUAGGUUGUCAUCAUGCCCCUGGUAUUGGAAGAGGAGUAGCGGAAUUGAUAAUUGAUGGUCGUUACUCUUCUAUAGACCUAACACGUUUUGGAUUUGACAGGUUGCUAGUAAAUGAACCCCUUGUAGAAUUUAAUAUGUAUUAA